GCCGCUGGUGGGCGUUUGCUUGGCACCUGGCUGUGCUUUUGCUCAAGAGGAGCACACUGAGCACCCCUCGAUGGUGUCCAAGCCCUGGUAUGUGUGGCAUGGCUACUCUGGCGCCUUACUGGCACAUGGAGAGGAAAUCAAGGAAGAGGAUGAAGACGAGGAGAAGGGCUUCAGCUUGAGGAGUUUAAUGGGUCCACCUGCUCCAGUGGAUAAGAUCGAGGCCAAGAGUAUCGUCGGUUUCCAGGUCACUGGGAACUCGGAUCACCUGGGGAAGAUCGGCGUGGGCUUGAUGUUGAGGAUUCCCAUGACGCUCUUCGGGCGCCCAGUCUACGAGUACGAAGGUGGCGGCCAGUAUCUCUACUUCCAACGCAAGGAAGCCUCAUUGUCCGAUGGUCAAGAUGCAUCGCUGGAGGAGUUUGGCGCUGGAGUCGAACCGACCCCGGAGAAGCUGUUCCAGUACGAGGGACGGUGGAUCAUUGCGAUGGACAUGGGAGUUGAGCUGGAGUCCCCGGACUGCUAUGGCUUCGUCGAGGACACCGCGGUGACUCCGGAUCAGAUCUCCGGGACUUGGAAAGUGAGGCGCAAUGACAAGAUGGAGUGGAACUAUGACCUUAAGUUCGUUGCGCAAGAGUGGAGUCAUGAAGGAACCUUGCAAGCGAUGGUAGAGAAGGCUGAGAAGGAGAAGGCCGAAAAAGAGGCAGCCGCGAGAGAAGCAAAGACAAUGACAAAAGAGGAGCCCAAGAAAGACGACGACAAGGAAGCUGAGAAGAAAUAG